GUCACACUUUGUCCCAUCCUCCGUUCCUCCCGAGCGUACCAAGCCUACCAAGCCUCCUCUGCUGCUGCCAGACGCCUUCAAUCCACUGCUCUGACCGCCGACGUGCAUUUUUCAAUCCUUCUUGCAGUAUAACCAACCCGCCCUUUACUCCCACGCCCGCAAGAGCAGGACGACAAUCCAUCAACCCGGCUCGCGAGCCGCUUGAGAGGGGCCAAGGCGUCGGUCGCUCUUUGCCCUUCAACAAGCCGCCAAAACCCGCCGAAAGCCGACGACGCGGCGCUUUCCCGACCAACGAAAGACCACCAACGACCCGAACCGACCGAUAAUUCGAGCGCCUUUACUUGCCCCGAGAACCCUUCCGACGACUGUCCUCCCGCCCUCCAAAGCCGCACGCGCCUGGCAAGAGACCAGGCAGAGGAAUGCCCGCGUACUCUACCUUUUCCGAUGGACCUGGAUCUGGACGGCGAAAUAGUGUUGGAGACAUGGCGAGACGUCUCACCCGGGGCCUAAAGGCCGGUGCCGGUCAGGCAUCUAUGCUGAGCAGUGUAAUCAAUCUGCUGAACACGAUUGUUGGAGCAGGAACAUUGACCAUGCCGUCGACCAUGUCGCACAUGGGCAUCGUGUUUGGCUCCAUGGUGAUAUUAUGGGCCGGCUUCACGUCGGCGCUGGGGCUGUACCUGCAGUCACGGUGCGCCCGCUACCUUGAUCGCGGCCACAGCUCCUUUUUUGCCCUGUCGCAGCUCACGUACCCCAAUGCCGCCGUGGUUUUUGAUGCCGCCAUUGCCAUCAAGUGCUUCGGCGUCGGCGUCUCGUACCUCAUAAUCAUUGGCGACCUGAUGCCGGGCGUGGCGCUCGGCCUCCUUACCGACGGUUCCGACGGAAGUGAGGAGCUUCUGGCGCCUUACCUGCUCGACCGCAAUUUCUGGAUCACGGCCUUCAUGCUGGUGAUAAUACCGCUCAGCUUCCUGCGCCGCCUCGAUUCGCUCAAGUACACAAGCAUCGUCGCCCUCGUCGCCAUCGGCUACCUGAUCGUGCUUGUCGUCUACCAUUUCGCCGCCGAGGCCCACCCGGGCAGGGGCGAGAUCCGCCUGAUGACGUGGGAGGGGCCCGGCGCCGUCCUGCGCGCCUUCCCCGUCGUUGUGUUUGCCUACACUUGUCAUCAAAAUAUGUUCUCGAUCCUCAACGAGAUCAAGGACGGCUCGCCCGGGAGCAUAGUGGGUGUCAUCUCGGGCAGCAUCGGCUCGGCAGCUGGCAUAUACAUCCUUGUCGCCAUUACUGGCUACCUGACCUUUGGAAACUCGGUCGCGGCCAACAUUAUCUCCAUGUAUCCUGCAAACAUCGCUUCCACGAUAGGCAAGGCAGCAAUCGUUAUUCUGGUCAUGUUCAGCGUGCCCCUGCAGAUUCACCCCUGCCGAGCCUCGGUGGACGCGGUGCUCAAGUGGCGCCCCAAUGCCUCAUCUCGCAACGCUAGCGCUGCAAGCUCGGGCGGACCGUCCUCGCCCAACAGACAUAACCUAUUGCUUCCGACAGCCGCAUCGGCCCCACCUGACGACGGACACGGGUCACCGGUAGUGCCCAUGUCGGAUCUUCGCUUCGCUCUGAUAUCGACCGUCAUCAUCGUCGGUAGCUACCUGACGGCGCUGUCGGUCUCGAGCCUGGAUCGAGUGCUGGCAUAUGUCGGAUCUACGGGUUCGACGUCCAUCUCGUUCAUCCUGCCCGGCCUGUUCUACUACAAGAUCAGCGACCCAGACAGCGUCCAUCACCAGCGGUUGACCAAGGAGGAUGACGACGCGGGAGCGCUCGACGACGAGGUGGAUGCCGACGAGGACCCUGCCGAUCUCGACCCGUCCGGGUCUGGUCUUCUGGAGAGCGUAGGCAGCCUUCGAUCCGGCUUCAGCGGGCUCAGCGGGGCUUCGGGGGUGCGGCCGCGGAGUACGCGGUGGCGGCGGCAGCUGCGCUGGGACCUCGAGCACCUCGAAGAGGGCUUGCUGCGGAAGCUGGCUCUCGCUCUGGCCCUCUACGGUUUUGGGGUCAUGGCCGUCUGUCUGGUCAUGAACAUAUUCUUCGGGGCUCACCACUAGAGCCUUUUUGAUCCCCCAUCUUUAUCUCGCGCCCGCACGGUGCCGCGACAGCAACCGGUUUAGAGUUGUACACGUUAUAAAAUGCACGCCGGUAUUGUCGACUAAGUCCGGUUUUUGCAAGACGCUUGAGGUCGGAUUUAGAAUAUCCAGGUGGGGUUUGGCCUUUUCAGCGCCAAUCGUCCGGAGUCAUGCAUGUUGCGACAAGUUGUGGGAAGGACUUGAGCAAGACUGCUUGUUUCUUAUUCAAGUUUCGGUGCGUUUUGUAGCGUCGACUCGCAAAACUGUCGGGUUCGAUUGAAUAAACUAUAGAAUAUACUUGUUUUAGCGUUUUUUGAUCUGCUCCUGGACCCUGUCUCUCGCUCUUCAUCCUCGCUGGC